CUGAGCUUUAAUUUUCCCCAGGCGACAAAGAAAUGUUAAGCCAGAGAAUUCUCCCUAUCGCGCUCUGCUCAACUCAUUGGAUGUGACUCGGGAAAGUGUGAAGCUGCAGCUGAUUAAUGAAGUGAAUAAGGUUCCUCUCCUACUUGAAGUGUAUGGUCUGCAAGGGAAUAUGACCAGGAUUAAAAUAAAUGAAUUAAAUCCACUGAAACCAAGAUAUGAAGUGCGGGACGUGUUAGUGCAAGAGCCGCCUACUGUACCCUUAACAGUUGUGGGGAAGGAUGAAGACAGUGUGGAACUGAGCUUUGAAAACAAGCUGUAUAAAGUGAUUAUCACCUCCAAACCAUUCAGGAUGGACAUCAUGACUGGGAAUGAGCUGCUGCUGAGUAUCAACUCACGGGGGCUGAUGGUUUUUGAGCACUUGCGAAAAAGGAAGGACUCUUACACGGAAAAAAUUAGUAGCACAGUCGGUAGCAUGUGGAGUAAAAUCAAGAACAUGUUCAUUAGUGAAGAGAAGGAAGAGGAGAAUGUGGAGAAUCAGGAGGUGAAAGGAGAGAGCGAAGCUGCUGAUGAAGAAGCACAGGCAGAGAAGCCUGAAGACAAAGAUUCCCAGAAGGAAAAUGAAGAGAAAGAAGACAAGGCUGGAAUGUGGGAGGAAACGUUUAAAACCCACACUGACUCCAAACCUAAUGGACCAUCCUCUGUUGGCCUGGACUUCUCUCUCCCUGGCUUUGAACAUGUUUACGGGAUUCCUGAGCAUGCUGACAACCUGAAACUCAAGACCACUGAAGGUGGAGACCCGUACCGCCUGUAUAACCUGGAUGUGUUCCAGUAUGAGAUAUUUAACCCCAUGGCACUAUACGGGGCUGUACCUCUCCUGCUAGCGCACAACCUUCGCAGGACUCUGGGCAUCUUCUGGCUGAAUGCUGCGGAGACUUGGGUGGACAUCAGCUCCAACACAGCAGGCAAGACUCUGUUUGGGAAGAUGCUGGAUUAUGUUCAGGGGGCGAAUGAAAUUCCACAGACUGAUGUGCGCUGGAUUUCCGAGAGUGGGAUCAUUGAUGUCUUCCUGCUCCUGGGGCCCUCUCCGUUUGAUGUCUUCAAGCAGUACACCUCACUGACAGGAACGCAGGCUCUGCCCCCUCUCUUCGCCAUCAGCUAUCACCAGUGCCGCUGGAAUUACAAUGACGAGGAUGAUGUCCAGACUGUUGAUGCUGGUUUCGAUGAACAUGAUAUUCCCUAUGACGUUAUCUGGCUGGACAUCGAGCACACAGAUGGAAAGCGAUACUUCACCUGGGAUCCCAACAAAUUCCCCAAUCCCAAGGAGAUGCUGCAAAACCUGGCCUCCAAGAAGCGGAAGAUGGUCAGUAUAGUGGACCCCCACAUUAAAAUCGAUAGCGGCUACAAGAUUCACACGACUAUCCAAUCUCGCAACUUCUACGUUAAGACCAAGGACGGGAAUGAUUACGAAGGCUGGUGUUGGCCAGGUUCUGCUGGCUACCCUGACUUCACCAAUCCGGAGAUGCGGUCUUGGUGGGCCAGCAUGUUUGCUUAUGAUCAGUAUGAGGGCUCCAUGGACAACCUCUACACGUGGAAUGAUAUGAAUGAGCCCUCCGUGUUCAAUGGGCCUGAGGUGACCAUGCACAAGGACGCUGUUCACAUGGGUGGCUUUGAACACCGGGAUGUUCACAACCUUUAUGCCUUGUAUGUGCAAAUGGCCACAUCAGAUGGUCAGAUCCAGCGGUCUGGAGGAAUAGAGAGGCCCUUUGUCCUCACCAGAGGUUUCUUCGCUGGCUCCCAACGUUACGGGGCAGUGUGGACAGGUGAUAACUCUGCUGAGUGGGACCACCUGAAAGUGUCGGUGCCAAUGUGCCUGUCCCUGGCACUGGCUGGCAUUUCGUUCUGCGGAGCGGAUGUAGGUGGUUUCUUCAAACACCCCAGCCCUGAGCUGCUGGUGCGCUGGUACCAGGCAGGUGCCUAUCAGCCAUUCUUCAGAGCCCAUGCUCACCUGGACACCCCAAGGAGGGAACCCUGGCUCUUUGGAGAUGACAACAAGCUGGUGAUCCGUACGGCUAUUCGAGAACGCUACGCCCUGCUCCCAUUCUGGUACACACUGUUUUACCAUGCCUAUCGGACAGGAGAGCCGGUCAUGAGAGCAAUGUGGGUCCAGUUCCCUGACGAUGUGAACACAUUUAGCCUCGAUGACCAGUACAUGCUCGGUGAUGCUCUGCUGGUUCGGCCGGUCAUGGAGCCCAGUGUUCGAGGAGUUCAGGUUUAUUUGCCAGGGAAAGGGCAGUUUUGGUACAACGUGCACAGCCACCAGAGGCACACGGGCCCUCAGAACCUGUACGAACCCGUCACCAUCAGCACGAUUCCAGUCUAUCAGCGAGGAGGCACUAUCAUCGCUCGCAAAGAACGUGUUCGCAGAUCGUCUUCAUGUAUGCAGGAAGAUCCCUACACUCUAUAUGUGGCACUGAAUGGACAGAACACUGCUCAAGGAGAUCUCUUUAUUGAUGAUGGUCACACUUUCAACUUUGAGAAGAAAAAUGAAUAUAUCUACAAGAAGUUCAACUUUGUUAAUAAUUCCCUCACCUCCAGUACUGAUCCUGUUGGCCACUACAAGACUGCAGCGUGGAUUGAAAGGAUCCUGAUUCUUGGUGCAAGGAAACCAGCGACUGUGACCAUCAAACUACCUGAUGGAACUGAAUCGAACUUGAACUUUGAAUACAAUGCAGAGAUCUCUGUGCUAACCAUCCGAAAACCGGCUGUGAACAUUGCUGCUGAGUGGAGCCUGUACAUUCGAUAAUAGUGUUCCCUACACACCACCUGUCACUCAUUCACUCCCCCUCUCUCUCACACACACACACACACUCUCUCUCUUUCUCUUACUGUCCUCUAACAAGGUAGACAGCUGUUGUAAGCAGCUUCUGGGCAAAAAUUUGGCAGAUUCUGGAACACCUUUGCUCUGCUGAGGUUGUUAACGUCUGGGCUUUGCUCACUGCCUCACAAUGGCUGCCACGUUCCUUUGCAAUUCUUCUUCCAUUUCUGCUUUCAAAGUUGCAGGAACCAGCAGCUGAAACCCUGCCUUGGAGUGACUGCAAACUGUUUGAACUGCAAUACUGCUGUGUGUGUUCCUGAGCUGGCUGCAGGGCUGUGUGUGGGGGUUUUCCACAUUGCUUGUGUUUGUUCAUUCUCUUCGUCCCUUGUGUUCUGUCCCUCUUUCUCUCUCUCUCUUUGUACCUGUGAGCUGUCUCGAUAUCUUCUUCCAUCAACUCCCAGGCACUGCUCAUUAUCUGCUCAUGUGAAUUGUUUUCUCCUCCCUCAGCAAGCGUUUCUAUCAUUUGCUUUCCCCCUCUCGCUCUCUAACCAGUAGGAAGCAAACUUUUUGUUACUUCAGUCAGGAGGCUGUACCUUGCUGUCUGGUUACAGUAUGACGGUGUUCCCACCAGAGAAGGCUGUGAUUACAGUGAGAGUUCCCCAUGGCAGGGACUUGAACUUUUGUGCCACUGACAUGGGGGCAGGGGGGUGCUGCCCAGACAUUACAGUCCCUGAGCAUCCUUCGGUGAACAACUCCCAAUUUCACUCGUAUGUUUUUCUCAAAUCACACACGCCUUCCCCUCCCACCACACCUGACUGCUUGGGUUUUUUAGAGAGCGGGGGAGGGGGGAGGGGCAGUUGUGACUUUACUCUGAGCUUGAACUAAAGCCCAGCCCCAGAAUGAUGAAAAGUUCCUCCUCUUGAUUGUUGAAACUUUCAAUAUGUGACCAUCUCUGUGGCGGGGGAGGUGGUUCUGGACAUUAAGCAACAUUUGCUCCAAUAACAAUGACUAAUCAUGCUGGUAAUUUCUCAGUGAGCCUGUGUGUGGGCACAUUGCUCUGAAUUUUCUGCCCAUCGACCCUGGUUUUAAUGAAGCCCACACAUUGUUACAGGGACCAGGCAGUAGUCACUGCUGUUUCAAGGUGAAAUUGUACUUUUUUUUUGGUUUUGUUUUGCUCUUUGUUCUGAUGGGUUUGUGUGUUCUGUCGGUUCCAGGUCUUGUGUAGUUUCCCUAGUCCUUCCUGGUGCAUUUCCUCUGGUCCCUGGCCUGGUUGACUGUAGCCUUCUGGUUGCAGGUCAGGUCAGGUAUAAAACCCAGCUCGAGCUUCCCCACUCCAACUGGGACAGAACGGUCAGCACGCGGAGAUCUGUCUCCCUGUGCUCUGUCACUCUGUGCAGGGCCAGGAAAUGCAUAGUGGAAGGCAUGGGUUAGAAAAUGUCACUGAGUUACUAAUGAUUCUUCUUUGAUCUCUGCUGUUUUGGAUGUUUUUGAUAAAUGGAGACAAUUAAAGACUGAAACUGUG